AAGCGCGCGCAUCAUGAAUACGAUCGAGGAAUGAGCAGCGACAGCCUCCCGUUUCUCGAGAGCGGCGCUGAAAUGAGGCCCUUUCUUCUUUAAAUUGCACGGCUCCUCCUCUCGUGAUGACACGGAGAUGUCAGCAGGCCCCCUUUUAAUUGGGACUGUCAGCCUGCGCUCGCAGGAAAUGACAAGCUGGAGGAGGGAGCGCUGGCAGGCAGCAGCAGCACGCUGAAAUCACGAUGCACACUCCUCGGCAGCUCGGGCUCUAGAGCCGCGCAGUUUCCGGAGCUCAGUGCGCGUGGGGCUCCACGGAGGAUGAGCAUGCUCUCGUCCGCCUGAAGAUCUUGCUUUUUCUUUUUGUUUCUUUCUUUCUUUCUUUUUUUUUUUAUUCUUUUGCACAUCUUGGAUUUGGAGGAGUUGCAUUACUUUUCCUUUCGGAGGGGGUGCCUCUUUUCUCGCAUCUCGCUUUAGUGCCCCCCCCCCCCCCCCCCCUUCUCCUUCACCGCCUCCUUUAUUUUCUUACUACUAAAAGUAAGCUCCCUCUCUCUAUUUUUCCUCAUGAAAAAUAAUCUUUGGAGCGGUUCCGCAAUGAUGCCGAACAAAAGCGUAGAGUGGCUGCAGGAAGAGCUGCAGUCCGGCGGAGGAGCGCUGCUGCUACUGGACUGUCGGACUCACGAGCUCUACGAGUCAUCGCACAUCGAGACGGCCAUCAACCUGGCCAUCCCGGGGCUUAUGCUGCGCCGCUUCAAAAAGGGCAAUCUGCCCAUCCGCUCCAUCAUUCCCAACAACGAGGAUAAGGAGAAGUUCGUCAAGCGCUGCAAGACGGAUACGGUGCUGCUGUACGACGAGGCCACGUCGGAGUGGCCGGAGAGCGGAGCCAACAGCUCGGUACUGGGGCUGUUGCUACAGCGCCUACGGGAUGACGGCUGCAAGGCAUACUACCUGCAAGGUAGUUUCAACAAGUUUCAGACUGAGUAUCCAGAGCACUGCGAGACCAACCUGGACAGCUCGUGUCCAGCAGUUCACCUCCCUGCCUCUGUCCUGGGAUUGGGUGGCCUCCGAAUCAGCUCCGACUGCUCCGAUGGGGAGUCCGACCGAGAGCCCAGUAGUGCCACUGAAUCGGAAGGCAGCCCUCUGCCCAACAACCAGCCCGCCUUCCCUGUCCAGAUUCUGCCAUACCUGUACCUGGGCUGUGCCAAAGACUCUACCAACCGGGACGUGCUGGGCAAGUACAACAUCAAGUACAUCCUGAAUGUGACACCAAACCUCCCCAACAUGUUUGAGCACGGCGGCGAGUUCAAGUACAAGCAGAUCCCCAUUUCCGACCACUGGAGCCAGAAACUGUCCCAGUUCUUCCCAGAAGCCAUCUCUUUCAUUGAUGAGGCUCGUUCCCAGAAGUGUGGAAUUCUGGUCCACUGCCUGGCCGGCAUUAGUCGGUCGGUGACUGUCACAGUCGCCUACUUGAUGCAGAAGCUCAACCUGUCUCUGAACGACGCCUAUGACUUUGUCAAGAGGAAAAAAUCCAACAUUUCACCCAACUUCAAUUUCAUGGGGCAGCUGCUGGACUUUGAAAGGACUUUGGGGCUCAACAGCCCUGUGACAAACCGGCCACCCAGCGACCCAGCUGUAUUUCACCACUCGACCAACCACAACGUGUUCCAGCUUGACACCCUGGAGUCGACAUGAAGGCGCGCCAGGUGCUGACCACAUGGUCCGGUGGAUUGUCUCUUUUGUCUCUUUAAGCAUUUCGGAGGAAGGGGGACCCUGAAACUCCCAACAGGCGCACUGGCCUGACGGCUCUGCCUGCUGCUGCUGCUGCUGCUGCUGCUGUUGCUGCGAUGGGUUUUACUUGGCGUCUCGCAAAGGCACCACUGGGGGACGUGGCUGCUUCAGCCUUGUUAACGGGGGCCACUGCUAGAAGAAGCAUAGGAUUGCAUCCGAUGCCGUCCAGAUCUUCUCCGCAGGCUCGCUGGUGGGAAUGGCAGCGACUGUUAAACUCGAACGAAAGCGAGAGCAAGUGAGCGAGUAAAGGAGGGAGGCUUGUGUACUUGACCAACUCCAAGCGGAACGAAGAACAUUUAAUGGAAACCUGUAGAUUGUAACUAAAGAAAAAAACAAAAAACAAACACAAAGCUUUGUGAAAUCUGAUUGUUCUAUUUUUUAAUUUUUAUUUGUAUGCAGUUUGCACAGUUGUGAAGCCCUUUCACAUCUUGGCACUUAAACUUGGUACUCCGCAAAGUCAAAGAGAGAUGCCGAGUUGCACGCCCAGCCUGCCAGUUUGAGGCCGGAAUUUUGUCCAGGAAUUUUGGUUGGGGUGGGUGGGGUUGUUGUUGGCAAAGAAAAAAGGACAUGGAAGAGAUCAAGAGAGAGGCACUUACAUACUUAAAAGCGCUUGGUUCCUUUUUUUAUUUUUUUAUAUAUAUAUAUAUUUUUUUUUUCUCAGUGUUUUACAACCUCGCCUCCGGCAAAAGCAGGCCGUGAGCUUUGCCGUGUCCCAUUCAUAAGGUGCAUUUGCACGGGCCUUGCAAGGCACCAGUGUGGAGGAGAAACAGGCGGCUCACCUCAUCUGAACAGCUUGGAUUGAUGAGCAAGAUUAUUUAAAAGUUAAUCUUUAAAAGAAAAAAAAAAAACACGUUUUAUGGCUUGCUACUUGGACUUCACACAAUGGAAAACUGAGAGCUGUAUCAAACCGCCAAGGGGAUCAUUGGAACCAGAUGCAACGGUUGCUUUAGAUAGCCUUACAAAAAAAAAAAGGAGCAUUUUUUUUUAUGCUACUUACAUGACACUAUAUUUGUACUGAAAUUGACUUUUCAAUAUUUUGCAAGAAAAAAAAAAAAUUGACAAAAAGAAGAGCAGACAAGCCGAAGUUGGCGCACUUAUUUCUAAUGGUGCACAGUUCCUUUUUUUUAAGUCUCGGCCAUACGGAUAUAUUGCAGUAUUUCAAAAAAAAAAAAAAAAUGACACCAGAAUUAAAAGGGUAUAACACUUUUUGUU